GCCGUCCCCAUGAUCCCACUCUUCCUCGAUCAAAUCCGCGGAUUUUUUUAACCCUCGCAAUCGCCGGGAAGCGAAACCCUAGUCCGGGUCAUCGAUUCCUCCUCCGAGCCGUUCCUUCCCGCCGUUGUGCGCCCUGAAUUCGCUCUACGCGGCGUGUCGCGUGCUGGAAUUCGGCAAAUCUUGGGCCCUCCAGCGACCUAUUUCUGGAUUUCUCCCGAUCGGAUUUUGAUAUCUUUCCUGGAUCUUCGGUGGUCGAGGGAUGACGGAUGAUACCAGUCCGAAAGCUACCGCGGACUCCGUGGUAUCCACAACCGCUGGCAGGCAAAGGAAAAAGAGAAAAUGGGACCAGCCUGCUGAGCCACUGGUAGCCGCUGGUCUUGUAGCCUCAAGGGUACCAUUUACCUCAAAUGCUAUCUUGGGGUCAACUCUCCCUGGAUCUUUUCCAUCAUCUGCAUCUCUUUCGACAAAUCAAAUUCCCAUGUCUUCUGUUAAUCCCCUUGAAAUGGUACAAUUGCCUUUGGUUACACAAAAUGCUGCUACCAUUAUUCAAAAGUUAAAUCAGCCAAAGAUUCAAGAUGAGGUAAUAGCACGGGAAAUUGUGAUAAAUGAUGCAGAACCAACUAUAAGAUACAAACUCACUAAACGGCAAACCCAAGAAGAGAUUCAAAAAUGCACCGGUGCAGUUGUCAUAACUAGGGGCAAGUAUCGUCCUCCAAAUGGUUUUCCAGAUUAUGAGAAACCAUUAUAUCUCCAUAUUUCUGCUGGGGCUAACAUAAAAGACAUUGCUGAUCGGAUUAGAGCAGUCGAUCAUGCAGCUUCAAUGGUUGAGGAGAUCAUGCAAAAAGGCCAGAUUCCUCUUGUAUCUUCUACUCUCCACUCAAAUUUUAUAAACGGAGAGAUUACUCAAAAUCUCACUACAUGUUUAUUUCUGGGCUUUGAGGCUGACCCUUCAUUGAACAUUGCAGCUCGAAUACGUGGUCCUAAUGACCUCUAUAUCAAUCACAUUAUGAAUGAAACAGGAGCUACUGUUGUACUUAGAGGACAAGCAUCUGAACAUCUUGAUAGUUCUCGUGUUGAAGAAGCAUUGCAACCCUUGCAUUUAUAUCUGUCAAGUUCUAAUAAAAAAAGUCUUGAAGCUGCAAAGAUCUUAGCAGAAAACCUUUUGGAUACAAUUGCCAGAGAAUGUGGCACAUCAAGAAUUUCUUCAACUAAAGUUUAUGGUGCUGUCCCUCCACCACAACAAUUGUUGGUGGGAACAGAAAGCUCAUCGAAGAUCAUAUCUGCUGGAAAUUCCAAUCAAGCACCAGUAUUUCCAUCAACUACCACUGGAAAUGUGGCAGUAACACAAUCUUUUGUUCCUAGUGGAGUUGCAAGUAUUUCAGGCUCUGUUUUUCAAUCUGUAGAGCAGUUGAAAUAUGGAAAUCCUCAAAGCUCAGUUAGCUAUGCUCUUCCAGGAGUCUCUAGUGUAACAUGCUAUAAUGGCUAUGAAGGAAUAUAUCCCCAAACCACACCAUUGCAGCAAGUUGCUUUAGCACUUAGACAAGCAUCAUCUUCAUCUGCUUCUGUUCCAUCUAUGAAUUCUUUGGCAAGCACAACUGAGAGAAAACCAAGUUCAGCUCCUGACGCAGAUACACAACCUCUACAAAAACGCAAAUUUAAGGAAUUAUCAGUUUCUUCAAAAGUGUCAACUCCACUUCAGAACUCACAACAGGGAUCAGAAUUUCUUAAGCCAGGUCUGGAGGAUUCAGAUGCGAAGCCUCUUUCAUCUAUGCUACCUCCAAGGACCAUGCCGCCUCCACCACCAAAGUUUUCGUCAUCGAAUUCACUACCAAAGAUUGACAACUCAAAGACGUGUUUGGUAGAUCCAAGUGCUUUGCAACGAGCUUCUACAAAUAUGCCUCCACCUCCUCCAAGGUUUUCAAAAUCUCACCUGCCUACAGGAGCUGACAGUGUGUGUGUGGAUACCAGGAAACCUACAGUGCAUCAUCUCUCAGAUACGCUACUCAAGCUCGCAGAAUAUGGAGAUGACGAGGAAGAGAUCUUGGAUCGAAGUGUAGAAUUGCCAAAGAGCUCUCCAUUUGGGAAUUCGUCUGUGAAACCAUUUUGGGCUGUAUGACUUUAAGGUGGCACCUCAUGCGUUCUUGAAAUCUGCUGAUCCUCAUUUCUUGAGACGAUUGUAUUGUGUGGGUAUGAUGACCGUGGAUGCCACCGCCACUGCCACCGCCACCGCCGGCCAGUGAUGAAAGACUGCUACUAUUGGAUGUCUUGCCCACUUAGACACCCCAACAUAAUAAGCUGAAAUGAGUUUGUAUGCUUCGAUUUCCAUUUAAAUAGACUUCUUUGUUUUUGCCCUCUUGGUUUUCUUCUUUUUCUUACCUGUCAAAAAGAUUAUCUGAUGCGCUUAGCACCACUGCCUUGUAUCAACAAUAUAUUUAGUUACCUGUCAUUCCCAAAAGUAUUGCUAGA